AUGGCUAAGAGUGCAGAAGUUAAGCUGGCAGUGUUUGGCCGAGCUGGUGUGGGCAAAUCAGCUCUGGUGGUGAGAUUUCUGACCAAACGGUUCAUCUGGGAAUACGACCCAACCCUUGAAUCAACUUAUCGCCAUCAAGCAACCAUUGAUGAUGAAGUUCUUUCCAUGGACAUACUAGACACAGCUGGUCAGGAGGAUGCUAUCCAGAGGGAAGGACAUGUGAGAUGGGGAGAAGGUUUUGUGCUGGUCUAUGACAUUACGGACCGGGGAAGCUUUGAGGAUGUGCUUCCACUUAAGAACUUGCUGGAUGAAAUCAAAAAGCCCAAGAAUGUGACUCUGAUCUUAGUGGGAAACAAAGCUGACCUAGACCACUCAAGGCAAGUUAGUACAGAAGAAGGAGAGAAGCUGGCGACUGAUCUGGCCUGUGCAUUUUAUGAAUGUUCAGCUUGCACUGGAGAAGGGAAUAUCACAGAAGUGUUCUAUGAGCUGUGCCGUGAGGUCCGGCGUCGGAAAAUGGUCCAGGGGAAGACAAGGAGGCGAAGCUCCACCACACAUGUCAAGCAGGCAAUUAAUAAGAUGCUUACCAAAAUCAGCAGUUAAAGGACUAGGUUUCCUGGAGAAGCUGUGCUACGGCAGGGUUGGCUAUUUGAAAAUACAAACCAAAUAGCCAAAUGAUGGUUUCUUUUUUUCUCUCUUCCAUCUCCCUCUCUCCUCCCUACCUCUUCCUCCCCCUCCAAAAAAAAGAAAAGAAAAUAUGCUAUCAUUUCUUUUGGCAAAGGGAGAAUUCUGUCUGGGAGGCUCCAUUCUUUGGUUAUUACAGUAUGUUUAUGCUUUUAAAGUUUUCUGCUUUUCUGUUUGCAUAUAGUCCAUUCUGAAGUCAUCACCUUG